CUGACCGAAGGAAUGUCGCCAGUUCUGCAUCUCCUGUGGGCUCUAGUGGUCCAUUUACCAGGUAUCCUGGCGGUCCCAGUCCUCAAUCAGAACCCAGUGUCCGGUCCUGUCUCCGCGGGACAGACUGCCCGCUUAGAGUGUCGGAUACAGAAUGGAAAAGUUGCAGGUACCUAUAUUGGGUGGGACCGACAUCAUCCCGGGAGGAGACCGGAGGGGGUGAUAGGUCAUAGAUCGGAUAAUAGCAUUUUCAGAGGACCCGGCAUCACAGAACGUUUCCAACCGUCCAGAGACACCUCCACCAACAGUCACAUCCUGACCAUCGGCAGCUUGGAACCCGGCGACUCGGCCGUCUAUUACUGCAGAGUGUGGGAUAGUGCUUGGUUCUAUGGUCCGGGGACGAUCCUGGAGAUAAAGAGUAGCGAGAGCAGAAAGCCCUCGGUUCUCCUCCUGCCUCCCUCCUCGGAGGAGACUGGCUCGGGUUCUGCCACUCUAUCCUGCCUCGUGAGCGGUUUUAAGCCUGGCUUGGUCGCGCUGCGCUGGAGCGUGGAUGGCGUCGAGACAGAGAGUGACGUGACGACUAGCGCCGUGUCCACGGACACCGACCAGACCUACAGACUGAGCAGUUACCUGCGGGUUCCCGUCGCUGCCUGGAACAAGGGCUCGAGCUAUUCCUGCAGCGUGAGUCACAGCUCGCUGAGCUCGCCGCUGCGCAACACCAUCUCUUGGUCCGCCUGUGGGCAGUGAGGCCCCGCCGGGUGGCAGCUCACGAACGCAGUGAAACCC